AUACCGCGCGCUUCGAUAGUACCGAAAUAUGGCCGAAAGCGGACUCUCAUGUCUGCUAAAGACAAAAUAGCGAGCAACAGCAGCAGCCGACGCAACAGCAGUGCAACAGAAUCAGCCGCGGUGUUAUUAUGCCCGAGUUAAAGGUGUUCUAUUGUCUGUUCCUGCUGACGCUACUGGACGCGACAUCACAAAUCCGGCCGUCGUUACACGGCCACAACAAUGCCUUCGUUCAGGAUGACAACGAUGUUCAAUAUCUUUUGGAUAAUAUGCCAAUAUCUAUGCAUAAGGAUUUUGCUAAUACAGUACAUGGGGCUGGGGAUACUAUAUCGGAAGAAGAUAAAAUGGAAAAUUCCUUUUCUCACAUUUCUUUUGAGCCAAGCAUCUUGGACUUCAAAGAAAGACAACUUGGUAUUCCUCACCAAGAAACUGUGAUCAUAUUUAACAAAGAUCACAAUAAAACUAUACAUCUUUCAUCGAUAUCUGGAAAUACACGUCAUUUUCAUUCAUCAUUUUUUCAAAACAAAGUAAUUCCACCACUGGGGAAUACAACAUUUAAAGUUGUCUUCCUUGGUCGAGAUGAAGGUGAUAUAGAUACACACCUUUUUAUACAUACUUCAGAUGGGAUACUAAAGUAUCAGGUCAAAGGAAUAAGUGUCAGUAGUCCUUAUAGACUCAGACCUGUAGUCGAUGUCAAGUUACCAUUAAACGCAUCUUUUACACCUCUCAUAUAUAUGCACAAUCCACAUCCGGAAACUUUACAAGUGGUGGAAGUAUAUAGUAGCGGUGGAGAAUUUCAAUUAGAAUUACCAUCAGGCGAGCCGGAAGGCACUCGUGAAUUAUGGGAAAUUUUACCUUAUCAAACAAAGCCUAUCAUCAGACUAACUUUUAAUGCUUAUGCGGAAAAAAAUCAUACAGCAUACAUUAGAUUUAAAGUGAAUAACACUGUUGAGAUCCUCGUGGUGGCAGUCGAAGUAGAGGUCAAAAGUGGAGCUGGUCUUCAUUGGGGUGGAAGUUCUGGAGUAAUUAAUUUAGGUAUGGGUGGCUCGUUACAGCCACCUAUUCACCACCCUAUUGCUUUGAAAAAUUCCGCAAAGAAAGCAAUCAAAGUUAUGAAUAUUAUAAAUACGCCUGUAUCCAAAGCAUUACAAUUACAUUUUGAGCCAGCAAUAAUUCCGGGAGAGACAGAUAUACCAAUUGCCAUCGGCAUGCUGAUUUAUGAUUGGAAAACAGGUUUGGACUUGCAGCACUUUAAAGGCAAGUUAAUAAUAAAAGCAAUAGGUCCAGGUGGCUCUAGUCAAAAAUUAGCAGUUCCAUGGGUAGCUCAAGUAUUGCAGGGUGGAUUAGAAGUAAACACAUCGGUUACCCAUUAUCCGCAAUGUUCCCCACAAUCCAAUCAAGCUCGGAACUUUAGCGUGGUGAACAAGUUUAAAUUACCACUAGCUAUUACGAAUGUCACGAUGUGUUCGAACGCGAAAUCGCUUUUUACGAUAAAAGAUUUUACUCCUAGAGUAAUAAAACCUGAGCAAAAGGUCAAUAUAUUUUCUUUACAACUUGCCAAAGAACCGAAAGGUGAUAACGUGAAAAUGGAGUCGUCGAUAUUGAUACACUCUAAUGUGUCCGUGACCGAAGUUCCGGUGUUAAGCUACGACGGCAAAGUGAGAAAAGUCAUGCUGGAUGAGAAGGAGGACGACAUGGGAACAUUGAAUUUCGGCACUGUGGGAAGCGGCACCGAGAACGAAGCAAUUUUCGCGCUGGAGAAUCAGAACCCGGUGAACGUGGAGCUGCACAGCUGGGGCGUGAAUAUGCCUGGUGCGGUUCUGGAAUUGAUGGGAUGUCAGAACGGUCCCGCAGAAUUGUUGGACAAGGAAUUUCGAAACAUAACCGUGUGCAGCCACUCUGGAAACCAAUACAUUAAACCGGAGUUUCUGGCGAUCUUCAAGAUUAAAGUGAAAACCGUCAUGGUUGAGGAGGACACGAUCGUGGGCGAUGUUUUCGUGCGAACGACGUACGAGCGGUUCACCUUGCCGGUGUAUAUGCGAGUUGCGCACGGCAAAAUUUCCUUGAAGAAGCUUAUUUUUACUGAUUGCUUCCCUGGAUCCAUUUGUGUGCAACAAGUGAAAGUGCACUCCACGUUCUCGAGACCGAUGAAAGUGACGCAUAUCGCGCCAAUAAACAAGGACGAUAGGAUAAAGUACAUCCCGCUGGAGGAGGCUGCGAUGCCGGUGAUAUCGAAAGGCGAGAAUAACAUCGGCUCGAUACAAGUCGAUCCUUCGGUGACGUGCAAGCAGCACUGUUACCUGGGUUUAUCGACGGACACCAACACGGGAAGCCAAUGGUUGAAUACGAUGAGCCUUCCCUCGCACACUCGCGACUCCGACCUGAACUUGCUGAACACGCGACACACGCGCUUCGUCAACUCCACGGCGGACGGCUCGUGGGAGAACAUCACAAUGCGCCUGGACACGACGGAGGUGCGCGGCCACAGGUUUUACAUGAACAUCAAGCCGUACUGGCCGAGCCUGCUGGUCGCCUCGGACAGCAUAAAGAACAAGAGCGUCCUGAUAUUCCCGCUGACUCAGGUCGGAAACACGUCGUACAAAGCAAUCGAACUGCACAAUCCGAGUGCGAAUCCGCUGAUGGUUCAACUGGUUAUGGACUGGAGCUACCCUCAAGGGGCUCGUCUUUAUCACUCUUUGCCGACGAAAUUCAAGCCCGUGUGCGCGGAAUGUUCAUCCACGGUCCCGGAAGAGUUCAAGCUGGAGGAGAAUGCGGCUGAGCGAGCGCUGUUCGAGAAACAGUGGGGCGUACCGAUAGCGCCCCAAUCGUUUCCCUUGUAUUUACAACCGUCGGAAACGAAGACGGUUCGCGUGGCGUACACCCCCUCUUCUGCUUCGAUGUCGUCUGGUUUUUUAUAUAUUAGAAAUAACAUGACCAUUUUAGAGGUUCUACGCAUGAGCAGUCGAGGCGCGAGUGCACAAUUUAGGUUCGGCAAUCGUAAAUCAGGAUCCACCACGCCGCUCUUGUUCGAAUUGAUGGACAAACGUCUUAAAGAAUGCGAACGACAUCGCAACAAACUCACCGCAACUCCCAUUCUCACCGUAAAGCGAUCAUUCACGGCUAGGAAUACGGGAGAGCUGCCAAUCGAGGUUUACGGUUUCUACAUCAACAAUCUGCAUUGCGAGGGUUACGGCUUCAAGGUGCUCGACUGCGCGCCGUUCAAGCUGAAUCCGAACGCUACUAAAAGGAUCGAGAUAGCGUUCACGCCGGACCUGACGCUGUCGCGCGUGGAACGGAAGCUGCAAGUGCUGACGAGCCUGGGACCGGACAGCGGCGAGAUCAUCGAGAACGGCAUGGUGAUACUUAAUCUAUUGGCGAUUCUGCCGGCGCACUUGUUACAUUCGUGCGCGUCGGUGCUCGCCAGACCGUCGUGGGAAUGGGCGGUGUACUGGAUCGCCAGAUUCCUCUCGCUGAUAAUAUUGCCGUGCGUGUUCGCGGCCUCGUUCCUCGAGGCGGAUCGAAUACUGCGGGGAACCCUGGCCAAUUACUUGAAGGAGGAUCCGGUGCAACCGCCUCUCGAUCUCAGGCUGCUGUCGAAUAUCUCGAUGCAGAACACGGCGCAGGUCGGCGGCGACAGCGUCGUCGUCAGCAAGAACGAGAAGACCGCGACGAGCGACGAGAAGAGCCCCAGGACGAGGAAGGAUGAGGCGUUCACGCCGGACUGGUCACUGAUGAGCGUGAAGAAGUGCAAGGAUAAGGACGUGCCAAAGGCACUGCUGAAGAUUCCGGAUUGGUCCGCCGAGGAGGAGCGCCGAUUCAAAUUGGACACCGAGUCCAAAGAUCUGCUGUCCUUCAAACGGUGCGACGAACCGUCCAACGCGGACAACGCUAAUGCGAGUACAGCGAACACGUCGACGAAGAAGAAGAACAGGAAGCAGAACGCUCAAGAGGCUCAGUCGGACAAUUGCGUGGCGAGUGAUACGCUCGCGGACGCUCAGCUGGCUCAAGAGAAGAAGUGUACUGUCAGCCCGGUUACGAAGUCGAGUCCGACGUCGAACAGAAAAGGUAGAACGCAAUCAACGCAGCCGAGUGUCAAGGAAGAGGCAAAGCUGAUCGAUGAAAUUCAAGUGGACGCAGGAAUAAUCGGUAACAGCCGAGCCAACAAGUCGGAUAGCAAGCGAAACAGUAAACAGACGAGUAGCGGCGGAAACAACAACAGUAAUCACAAUAAUCACGUUUCCUUGAAAAAGCUGGAUUCCACGAGCACUCAAAAGAUCGUUCACCUUUCAGAAGAAGAGACCUCGUCCACAACGACAGAAAGUUCAACUCACGAUGAAACGACAUCGUGCAAAGGUUUUGAUCAACCGUGCGGUAAACAAGACAAGCUCCAAAGAAAGCCGAUAUCUAAGAAAAGCAAACCUCAAUCUAUUCCUUCUGUGCCAUGCAUAGAUUAUAAGGAUAAUUACGAAGGCGACUGUGAUGACGAUGAGUACGAUAAGGAGAGGCAAAAUAAUCCUAAUAGAUGGAAGACGAGUACCAGUAGAUCCACCACGAAGCAUCACGUUCAUACCUCACGCACCGUUGAAUCAUCCUUCAAGCUACCGCGUCAGAAUAAGAAUCCGCCGCGAAAGGAGAAGACAGUGCAGAAACGUCGGGUUUCUGCCGACAAAGCACACGUCAAAUCUCCUCCUGUUAACGGAAACGUAAACCAGAAGGAGGACGUAACGCGCACCGUAGGAACAAUUCCCACUUCAUUGCCACCUCCGCCCUCUCGCUGGGGCGAGAACAGGGCUAAAUUCAGCGACGUGGUGGCGCGAAGCCAGGAGAUCGUCCCGCCGUUUUGCAACUUAAAUCACGUCAGUCACAAAGGUCAAGCGAACACGUCGAAUCUGUCCGCGGCGUACAAUAUUGAUGUGAAAGAUGUUCAAUAUGCGAAAUCAUCGAUGCAAGAAUUGUUGCAAACAUCGAAAGAGUACAAUUUGCCAAAGCCAGCUCCCCUCUGCAUCACAUCUCUCGGCAAGGACAAAGCGCACGAUCCUGAUCCUCUAAUUUUACAGCCAGAUUCGCAGCAUUCGAACAGUUACUUCAUCAACACCUUCACCGAACAUCCCUUUGAACGUGAGCUGGUGCCGUACGACGAUCUUCCAGAAACGGACGAACCUUUAGUGGAAUUGGAGAACCCCGAAGAAGAUACGCGGUGCCAAUUAUGGGAAGAUACUAGUCCUAUGAUAAACUUACUGUCAGACAGUACAAGCGGAUUUCAGUUGGAGACAUCAAAAACCUCGGAGAAACCUGUUUUGUCUGACUUGAAAGAUAACUGGACAGUCGAUACGAAUUGGGAGCCAUUGUAUACGAGAGCGGCGGUGGGGGAGGAACGCAGCGGUGUGUGGGGAAUUAAUACAGGGGGUGUGUGGGCUGCGGCACCCUGGGGCGCAGCGGCACCUCCCAUGUCACAAACGUUACAGUCAGAAUCGGAUACGCAAGAAAGAUCGGGAUUUGAUCCGUUUCGUUCACUCAGCACAAUAUGGACGCCAUCGUCGACGGAAUCGUGGAGAACGAAGCGUGAUAACUAAUGAUUGGGAAUUUCGAAUGUUUUAUCUUGUGAUACCGUACAUUUGUUUUACGAUUUUUGUCGGAAAAUCGAGGGUAACAACGGUCGUGAGCGCGGCAAUCGCCGUGACCUCAGCAAAGAAAAAUUGGAAAGUCACAGAAAUUUGUUAUUUUGUUGUAACUACGCUGAGCGUACUUUGUGAUAUAAUUAUUACUGUUACGUUGUACGACAGUAACACCGAUUGAUAAUCUCUCGAACGAGUUAUUUUCGUACAGUUUCUUAAACCAAAAUCUAGAUGUUACACUUUUUAUUUUUUAUUUCAUUAUUUAAAGCAUAUUGAGGGAAGAAGUUAUAAGAAGAAGAAGAAGAAGAGAGAUAAGCGAUAUCUUAAAUUACAAGCAAGCGAGAUAUCACGCGCAUGUACAGGAUAAUCGAAUAUUUUCUUUCUGUUUUUGUCAUAAAAGUGAACACACGAUUGAUUUUACUGCAGUAAAAUGGAAAUAACACAUGUGGAAGUGCAGAAUCGAUAUUUAAAAAAAAGGAAAAAAAGAGAGAAAUACAGUUUCAUACUAUAAGUAUCACAGUACAUAUUAAUUUCAAGAAACAACUAUAUCGUGAUAUGUGACUUAUACGAAAAUUUAUAAUUUGCUCCUCGACUGCAGCACUCCUUUCUCUUUUCUCAAGACAUUGUCCGUAUAUGCGUAUGAAAGAAGGAAAGAAAGGAAGAAAACUAUCGCAAUACUCGAGAAUCCCGAUCUUAAACCACGAGUGAUAAUUAAGUUAUUCAAGACGAGUGAGAACUGUGAUUUUUUAUAGUCUUGACUUGUAGAGAUACCUUCAAGCAAAUUUUCAAGACGAGUUUUACAAGGUUGCGCCGUAUACAAAAUAUGAAAAAUGAAAGAAAUGUGUACCUAUUCUUCAAGACUGGUAAUCGUUGUGUUUUAAUAAAGAAGUCACAAAAAGUACGAAGUUAAUGUUUUCUAUCUGGAAAAAUCAAGAACUUUUCUUCGCGGAAAUAUCGGAGUCGGAAGGGCGUCAUAAAGCUAUUUCCAGCCAGUACAAUGCGAAUACCUUAAUUUCACACAUAUAUUAAAAGAUGACAACUUGUAUCACAACUUGGUGUACCGUUUGUACCGCUGCUUCUUCACAGAUAACAUCCAAUUUAUUAAAUUUGAGUCAGCGGAUAUAUGACUGACGCUGCUCUUGCCGAUGAAUACAAAAGAUCCUUCUCGAUGUAGCAGUAAUGUAAAAAUUCUAUAAAAACGUCAAUCUACAGCCCGUUUUCGAUGCAUUCGAGAAGACGCACGACUUCGCCUGUUGUAUUCUCUUAAGGAGCAGCUGCAAAUAAAAUUUCUCGCAUCAUA